AUGGAGACGGGAUAUCCUGCUAGGCAGAACUUUUCUAAGAAACGAGAUUCUGGUAGCAUUGGUUUAAACGGGAGGAUUCCAAGAAGAAAAAGCUCCGCUGGAAGUGAAGUCCCGCCUUUAUCUACGGAAACCAUACGCAGGAUACUUUUAAGCUUCGCCAAAAUUGUAUCGUCUGCACCUCUGUCCCGCAUAGAGAUCAACCAAUCAGGGGAAAGUUCUGCUUCUGAAGGAACACGUGAUCCUAAUCUGAGCGAUAAUCGAUUACUGUUUUGCGUUCAAGUCUUUAUAGCUGAAAAGCUGUGGGGAGGUAGAUUCAAUGAGCAAUUAAGUCCAGUGAUGGAGUUAUUCAAUUCUUCCAUAACUUUUGAUAAACAUUUAUGGGAUGUUGAUAUCAAAGGAAGUGUUGCAUAUGCAAAAGCACUGGAAAAGUGUGGUUUGGUGUCAUCAACUGAAAGUGCUCGUUUACUGUUUGGCCUAUCACAG